AUGAACCCCCUCCAGAAGAACAAGAUCGACGUGAGCUCCCUCACCCCCGAGGAGCAGCGCCUGUUCCGCCUGUACGGCAAGCUCCCCUCGCGCUCCGACCACUUCGCCAAGCACCUCAAGGAGCGCAAGUACUUUGACAGCGGCGACUACGCCAUGUCCAAGGCCGGCAAGGGCGACGGCGUCGACACGGGCACCGUCGGCAGCCAGCACCCCGUGCCCGAGAACAUUCCCCACAACAGCGGCGGCGCCGGCACCAACGGCACCCCGGCCGGCCUCAACAAGAGCGGCAGCAUCUCUAGCGCCUCGGGCGUCGCCGGCAUCCUCGCCGGCAGCCCCGCCAAGGAGGGCUCCAGCGGCCUGGUCCGCGAGACGAGCGCCGAGGAGGAGGCCGUCGUCGACGGGGACAACAAGGAGAACGCCGGCGAGGGCGCCCAGCAGGGCAUUCCCAUCCGGUCAUGA